AUGACAUCUCCAGCGUAUGCUCACCAUUUCUCCAUCAAGAAUCUCCCUUACGGAGUAGCCUCCUCGCCAACACACGGUCAACAAUGCGCAACCCGGCUCCACAACACCGUCAUCUUCCUCGGCGAUCUCCAGAAUUCCGGCUUCUUUGGCGAUAUUUCUCUGCCGAAUGGAAUCUUCAUGAAUUCCACCCUGAAUGGGUAUGCGGCCCUUCCGAAGUCCGUCCACACAGCGGUCCGCGCAACGCUGCAGUCUGUUUUGGGCGAAUCCGGCCUGAAUGGCCUUCCAGAGAACUCCAAGGCUGAUAUUACGACGGUCAAAUUGCAUCUUCCUGUGGAGAUAUUGGGGUUUACGGAUUUCUCCAAUUCGCUCAACCAUGUCCAGAAUGCCGGACGCGCAAUUCUAAACGACCCUUCUCCCCCACCAGGCUUCUUCCAUUUCCCAAUUGGAUACACAGGGCGUGCGUCGACGGUUGUCGUCUCAGGGACACCAAUAACCCGACCCUGCGGGCACUUCUACGACCGCAGCAAUCCGGUCGCUAGGAAGGUGGUGUAUGGGCCGUCCCGCGCGCUGGACUAUGAGAUGGAACUUGGUGUCGUCGUUGGGAGACCUUUCGGAUGGGGAUCCGCAGAAGGAAUUCCUGCUACUGAUGCAGAGGAGUAUGUUUUUGGGUUCGUAGUGCUUAACGAUUGGAGUGCCCGCGACAUCCAGGGUCUUGAGAUGGUCCCUCUGGGACCGUUGAACGGAAAGGCUUUUGGUACUACAGUCUCGCCCUGGAUUGUCACCACGGACGCUCUGGCUCCGUUCAAGGUAGCAGGUCCAGAACCGAGGGUUGAACUUGAAGAGCACCUGAAGGACGAAAAGGAAGGGAACUUUGAUAUUGUGAUGAAGGUUGAGAUUAUCCACCCACCCGCCGGGCAAAGCACGUCUUCAGCAGCAACGAAUAGCAAUGAGGGUGCUGGUAACAACACUGAAGACAAAUCCGUCUCUCAUAUCGCCACCAGCGCCGCCAAAGAACUCUUCUGGAACCAUCGGCAGAUGAUCGCGCAUCUGACAAGCUGCGGGUCGGAUCUGCGCACUGGGGAUCUACUGGGCACAGGCACAGUGAGUGGGUCUCUGGAAGGCUCGUAUGGGUGUCUUCUUGAGAGUACGAAGGGGGGGAAGCAGGCUGUCACACUGGCCGAUGGGGGCGAGAGGGUAUAUCUACUGGACGGGGAUAUCGUGCGGAUGAGCGCUUUCCUUGGGGAUGAGGCGUCCGGGGUUGGCUUUGGGGAGUGCACUGGGGAGAUUUACCCAGUCAUAUCUUCAUAG